AUGUGGUCUCCCAGUGUGGCUGACCCCGCUGACCAGAGCUUGGGCCUGCUGCUGGGGCCUUCAUUUCCUCAGAAACAUCACUCCGGGGCCAGAGGCGAUGCUGAACCAGGACCAGACCAGGACCAGACCAGGACAAGUGCAAGAGCUGCAAUUUCUGACGACGCCUCCAGCUUCAUUAGCAACAACAAUGAAACAACUUUUGGAAUGAACACCUCCAUUUUAGGUGCACUUCUGCAGCUGUCAGACUGA